AUGAUGGCUGUGCUAUGGCUCGUUGUUGUUGUGGUUGUUGGCAUUUGUGCCUUGCGUGGAGGUCACCAUGAUGUGGUAGCCUUGAGUAUCAGCAGCAGUGUCUCUGGGAACAAAAGAAGAAAGAUACGAAUGAUCCAACGAACCAGUGGUAGCGACAAAUCUCAUCAUCAUAAUGACGCUUUCAAGUCCCUCUCGUUUGCCCUGCAGAAAUGCACCACACCGAGUCAAGUGCUGCAAUCUGUAGGAAUAGAGUUGUCUCCAUCAUCUGACCCAGAUGGACGAAUUGCCAGCCUGGUUUUGGUCCGUCUGUCAAAGCAGCUAAUGACACUGCAGAAUGAGUUUCUGCAUCCUUCGGACAGCCACCAAAAAAUACUGCCGGCGGACUGGAAGCUCCAUGUGGACGAACUGAUGGACUCGGCGGCGAAUGCUCAAGCCAUUCUUCAGCAUAAUAUUAUUCCAACCUUGACGUCAUCAUCGUCAUCGUCGUCGUCCAUCGAGUCUCUUGUGGAAGGAACCAAGUGUCUCGCCGUUCUGGCACGGCUGAUGCCCCACAUUGUCACUCUGGAAGAAUGUUGUCAACCUGUCUUGGACAUGUGGAAAAUUAAAUCGUCGCUGGAUGUUGUCAAGGAAGCACAUCACUUAUCUGGACUCCAGUGGGCGUUUGACUGUUUCCAUUGCGUGCAUGGCAGCCACAAGUCACUACCCGACAAACUACAAGCUCGCUAUGAUGCCUGCAAUCUUCCCUUUCGAAUCCGUCCCGGUCGACUGCUACUCGUAAACGACCUGACAGUCGCCAAUUUGGUGGCACAAGUCCCCUUUCAAGUCGAUGCCAUUCGAACCACUUCCACAAAACAGGUGGUACGGGAACGACGGGAAACGGCAUGGCUGGGAGACGACGGAGUCGAUCCUUUUGCCUAUUCCGGAAAGUCCAUGGAACGACAUGCAUGGUCGCCGUUGGUGAAAUCCAUUCGAGAUGAACUGGCCACAACCACAGAAACACAUGAUGAUGAUGAUGAUGACUGUGGCAAACAAACUAUGCAGACGGGACUCUUGUUUCCAGAUGCAGUCUACUAUGAUGGGUGUUUGCUAAACAUGUACCCAGAUGGAGGGUCCGCCAUGAGAUAUCAUAUGGAUCCGGAUCAAGGGGUCUUGUGGGAUUACAACACGGCAGUGGUCAGUGUCGGAGCCAGCAGACGGGUCGCCUUUCGCAGAGCUCCAUCCCAAGAACAAAAUGACAGCAAGAAACAGGAGCAGCCUCACACGUUUGUCGUCAUGCACGGGGACGUGAUGGAAAUGGUCGCGGAUUGUCAAACGCGCUUUCAGCAUACAGUCAAACCGGCAGACUACAAACAGGAAAAGGCGGCUCGGGCGAGUCUGGUCUUCAAACGAACUCUGGCUCUGAACCAACCAGUAGCUUGA